UAAUAAUGUCAAAUACACCAAAAGUAUUUUAUAUUUCAGGCAGUUCAUCUGGAUUUGGUUUAAUCCUUACUAAUAAGCUUUUAGAAAAGGGAUGUUAUGUUGCAGCCACAAGUAGGGAUAAACAAAAAUUAACCAAGAAUGUAGAACAAAGUUUUGUUACAGAAAAUAAUUUUUUAGCAUUAGAGGUCGAUGUUAAAUCCGAUGAAUCUGUAAAAAAAUCAAUUGAGGAUACUAUUUCAAAAUUCUCUCGUAUUGAUGUCGUUAUUAACAAUUGUGGUUAUUCUCAAUAUGGUGCAUUAGAAGAACUAAGUGAUGAAGAAAUAACAGAAUGCUUUAAUGUUAAUGUAUUUGGUUAUAUUAGAGUUAUCCGUAACUCAUUACCACACUUAAGAGCCAAUAAAACAUUCCCAGAAGGACCACGUAUCAUCAAUAUUAGUUCAAGUAGUGGAUUUUCAUCAUAUUUACCAGGUAUAGGAAUUUAUGGUGCUACAAAGCAUGCAGUAGAAGGUUUAUCAGAAAGCUUAUCACAAGAGCUUUUAGAAUUUGGAAUUCAUGUCACUACUAUUUUACCUGGACCAUAUAGAACCAAUUUUUCAAAUAAUAUACAAUCACCAAAAAAUCCAAUACCAGAAUAUACAUCGGUUAGAAAAAGCGAGGCUAUGUUUAGUGAACAAAGUGGUAAGCAAGCUGGAGAUCCAUACACUGGUUCAGAUUGUAUCAUCGAUGUUGCUUUUCUCGAAAAACCACCCGUCCAUUUUUGGUUAGGAAAGUCAGCUCAUGAUGCCGCAAAAAGAAAAAUGGAAAGAGUUACAGAAGACCUCAAAGUUCUUUAUGAUCAAAGUAUCAAUACACAAUAUAAAUAAAAAUACAAAUAAUUUUUUUUUUUUUUCCAAAGUC